GUCGACAUUGCUUUAUUUAAUUCAAUGCCUUGAGCAUCAACAACACAGCAAGCCCCUAAACCCAUCCUCCCUCUCCUACACCUGCGCGCAACAUAGAGAGAGGCCAGAUCAGGACAAAAUGGAAAGCCCGCACGAACAUCAGCAGAAUCUCUUGCUGUCGCGUAUCAUAACCAACGUUGAGAAACUCAACGAGGCCAUUGUCGUCAUGAACAAGAGCCUCCAGGAGAUCAACAUCCAGAACAUGAACAUUGAGCUCGUGGCACAGAUGUUUAAGAACUACCAAUCUAACGUCCUCUUUCACCUGGAAGCCACGGACAACCUCAAGGAUCCCUCAUGAGCCGGCCCAAACCCUGUUUUGUGAAAGUCUUGGUAGGUGUUUUGGAGUUGGCAGAGAGAGAAUCCGGUAUGUAGAGCACAAAAUCGCAACCACACCAAGCUGGCCCGUCGUGGUAUUCACGAAGGUGCCUACCUAUUUGCUGGGGAGGAAGAGGUUAAUAGGUAAUCUUGAUCAUGUCCUAACAGAAACAACAUUUGAACGUGAUGAUAUAUAUAUACCUUGGAUAAAUGAGUACCUAUGCAUAAUAGGCACCCCUAUGUCGACCUACGUCCUAAGGAGGUAGGUAUCUCGUAGGAGUUCGUACAUGAGAAUCGAGAGGUGGAAUGUACAUAGUAGUAACCUGUAAUCUACCAGGUACCUGGGUAGGUACCUGGUGGGUAUAUAAGGUAACUUCGGAAGGCAGAUUCUUGAUCCUAUCA